AUGGGGCGGCCCACGGCGCCGCCGCCGUCGCUCAAGCCCGAAGAGUGGCGGCUCUUGGCAUGCACGCUGCCGGAUGGAUACGACGAAGCCGCUCCUUCAGGGGACGACCUGGUCGAGCUCGUGGUCGAGGGGCGGUACGCCGCGGCCCUCACGCAGGCCGUCUCUCUCGGCGUCCUCCCUCCAGCGGAGGGCUGCGCCUCCCUGCGCGAAUGGUCCACAGCAGCGCGCAGCCACAUCAAGCAGCUGUACGGGGACAUGAGCAAGAACGGCCUGCUGCUGCUCACAUCCGGCGUCGCGGCGCUCAUGUCCUUCUGCCAGGCCAGCCUCACCGGCCCGGCGAGCAGCGAGUCCCCCGCGCUCACCGCAACACUCCCCUCCCUCGUCGACUGGGACCCCCCCGCGAACAACGAGGAGCCCUGGAGCGGCGACCGCGACCCCUGGGUCCUCCGCGAGGCCCAGGUCGACGGCGAGGACCUCGUCUGCGGCCGCAUCGACGCGCUCGACAUGCUGGUGCUCGCCAGCAUGCUCCUCUGGGAGCCGCUCGCCGACGCGGAGCCGCCCGCGGCGCUGCCGAGCUGGGCCUGGUGGGCCGCGCGCGUCCUCGGCGUGCACCAGCGCGCGCUCGGCGCGCGCUCGAUGACGCUCCGCGGGGGCCUCGUUCGCCUGACUGACGCGGUGCUGACUCAGUUCCACCCGGACGCGGACGCCGCGCCCGACACGCGGCUCGCGGCCGUGGCCGCGAGCUCCGCGAGGCUCGAGGCCGCGCUGUGCGACUUUGCGUACGGCCGCGACGAGACCGCGCGCGCGCACCUCGAUGCCGCCGGCGCCGCCCUCGGGUUCAAGUUCCGUCUCACCGGGCGCCUCGCGAAGAAGACGAUGUACCAGCAGGACGCCGCGACCGUCCUCGUGGUCGAGACCGAGGCCGUCGACGCGUCCGCGGCGGGCCGGGGCCGCACGAUCGCGGACCUGGGCGCCGGCGAGGGCGUGGCGGCGGCGGCGGCCGCGGCCGACCUGACGCGGGCGACGCACGGGCUCACGGGCGAGACCGAGGUGUUCCAGCUGCCGCACCUGCUCAGCACGGCGGGCGCCGUGCUCGGCAACGCCGGCCUGGGCGCUGCGGAGCAGGCUGUGCUGUUGGGGUGGUCGGUGAACGUCAAGCUGGGCCAGGCGGAGGAGGACAUGAAUUUGGCGCAGAUGGGGGCGUUCGUGGAGGCGGUGAUGGCGCAGCCGCGGUCGGAGUUCAUGGUCCGCGCGAUGGCCGAGCUGCAGAUGUGCCGCAAGGAGGCCGCGCGCAGCAGAACCAUGGAACGGGGCCUGCUGGAGAUGGAGGCGCUCGUGAUGCGCGUGCGGCAGUCGAGCGGCGUGUCCCCGCGCGUGCGCGCCCUCGGCGCGCUCUCCGCGUCCGCGCCGCUCCUCCCAAUGCUGAUGAAAGAAUGGGCUCUGGUGCAGAUGCGGUUCGGCAUGGUCGGGCAGGCCAUGGAGGUGUUCGAGCGGCAGGAGAUGUGGGAGCAGCUGUGCGCGUGCUACGUGAUGCUCGAGAAGAAGCACGCCGCGGAGGCCAUCGUCCGGAAACGGUUGGAGACUGCCCCAGAGGACCCGCGCAUGCUGACUGUGCUGGGCGACCUGACGCAGGACCCGGCGUGCUGGGAGAAGGCGUGGGAGGCGAGCGGGGGGCGGUACGUGCGCGCGCAGAGGCGGCUCGCGGAGCGCGCGCACCGCCUGGGCGACUGGGAGGCGUCGGCGGCGCACUGGGAGCUGGCGCUGAAGACCAACGCGCUGCACCCGGAGGGGUGGUUCUCCCUCGGACACUGCCACAUCAAGCUCAAGUCGUACGACCGGGCGAUCGAGGCGUUCACGCGCUGCGGUCAGCUCGCCCCCGAGCACGGCGAGGCGUUCAACAACCUCGCAGCGCUAUUGUUGGAACGCAACAGACCAAAGGAGGCCUACACCGCGCUGAGCGAGGCCGGCCGCCUCCUCGAGCGCAACUGGCAGGUCCAGGAGAAUCUCGCGCGCGCCGCGAUCCGGUCGGAGCACUGGCUCCCCGCCGCGAACGCCCUCUGCAAGGUCACCGCGCUGACGCACGGCGAGCGCUGCGAGGUCGAGCUGCUCUCGUCGCUCGUGCGGCACCUCCGCGACCUCAACCACCAGAUCGCCGCCGACGCCGCCGCGGGCGACACCUCCCCGGACGCCGUGGGGCGCGCCAGGCUCAAGACGCACCUCGCCGCCGCCGUGGGGACCGUCGUGCGCGCGGUCGUCCAGAGCUCCGCGGCGUCGCCGGACGUCUGGGCGUGCGCGGCGGUGUACUGGGAGGCCGUCGGGGAGCUCAAGUCGGCCAAGGAGUGCCAUUUGAAGCGCGUGCGCGGCCUGCAGGGCAGGGCGUGGAAAAAGGAGACGGGCGCGUUCGAGGCGUUCGCGGAGGCGUCGAUCGCGAUGUGCGAGGGGCAGCUCGCGGCGGCGGCCGCGGACCGGGCCGUGGCGAAGCGGGAGCUGAGUGCGGCGCGGAUGCACCUGCAGUCGGUCCUGAAGCAGGCGGAGGGGGUGUUCGGGGAGCACGCGAUGUUCGGGGAGAUGCAGGCGGUGCUGGAGAGGGUGCUGGCCGCGGAGGAGGAGCUGCAGACGGCGUGA